AUGGAUGCUCUCAGUUUCAAUACAAACAGUGGCUAUAUUGAGGCCUUAGUUCGAGGAUUUAAGUCCGCUUUACUCUCAGAACAUAUUUAUGGGAAUUUAUCUCAAUGCGAAUCAUUGGACGAUUUGCGUUUACAGCUUGCAUCAACAGAUUAUGGCGGCUUUCUUGCUAAUCAGCAAAAGUUGACUAGCAGUUCCAUUUCCGCAAGGGCUACUGACAAAUUAAUCGACGAGUUCGAUAUGAUUAAACGUCAGGCCGAUGAGAAAUUAUCAAAAUUUAUGGACUUUAUAACUUAUGCUUAUAUGAUAGACAAUGUAAUGCUCUUAGUAACCGGUACUGCGAAUGGCCAAGACACUCACGAUCUUUUGGAACGCUGCCACCCAUUAGGAUGGUUUGAAACUCUCCCAGCUUUAUGCGUAGCUACAAAUGUGGAAGAUUUAUACAGUGUUGUUUUGGUUGAAAGUCCGCUUGCUCCUUACUUCAAGGAUUGCCUGUCUGCUGAUGAUUUGGAUGAGAAACAUAUCGAAAUCAUUCGGAACACUUUGUAUAAAGCUUAUUUGGAAGAUUUUUAUGAAUUCUGUCAAAAAAUAGGAUCUGGAACUUUUGAAACAAUGUCUCGCAUCCUCGAAUUCGAAGCUGAUCGACGUGCCAUAACGAUCACAAUAAACUCUUUUGGUACUGAUUUGAGCAAAGAAGAAAGGAAUAAUAUGUAUCCUUCCUUUGGACGCUUGUUUCCAUUUGGUACUUCGAUGUUGGCCAAAGCAGAGAAUGUUGGCGAUGUAGAAAAUGCUUGCGGUUUAGUGAAAGAGUACAGUGCCUUCUUUGACCAAGUAUCUCAGAAAUCUCUUGAUGACUACUUUUUCGAAACAGAGGUUGAGCUAAACAGGCUUGCAUUUUUACAACAGUUCCAUUAUGGAAUCAUUUACAGCUUCUUAAAGUUAAGAGAGCAAGAAAUACGAAAUAUUACGUGGAUCGCAGAGUGCAUAAGCCAAAAUCAAAAAGACCGGGCUUUGAACAUUAUUCCAACAAUUUAA